UACUAUUCCAUGGGGAAGCGCGAGAUCUCACCCUCACGCCCUGAAAAUGGCCGAAUUAGGCGUUCAACCCCGCUGUCAGACUCGAAUGCUCACGCGAGGAGAUUUUCUUGUGGGCAAGGGACGCGCUUGGACUCCACGAUGAAUCCAGUACAGAGCAGUUCAGUCCCACACCGGGUAUUUAUUGCGCUAGGUAGUAAUGUGGGAGAUCGCAUUGAAAUGAUCGAAAAGGCUUGUCUUGAGCUGGACCGAGCCAAUAUCAAGGUUAAAAGGACUAGCUCGCUCUUUGAGACAGAACCCAUGUAUGUGCUGGACCAAGCACCAUUCAUGAACGGGGUCUGUGAGGUGGAAACAACCCUUGGGCCAAUGCAGCUUUUGGAUGCCCUUCAAUCCAUUGAGAUUGAGUUGGGAAGAAAGAAGCUUAUCGACAAGGGCCCACGCUCAAUCGAUCUGGACAUUUUAUUGUAUGAUCAAGAGAUCUUCUCUCACGAGCGUCUAAGUCUUCCGCAUAACCUGAUGCUGGAACGAGACUUCGUUCUCCGGCCCCUCUGCCAAUUAAUCCCCCACGAACGACCACCUCAACCGGAAAAGAGCGCACAUACAUAUAGUGAAUACCUCCGGUCUCUCCCACCACCAUCGCCAACCCCGUUCUCAACAACCCCAAUCUCAUUAACCUUCCCAACGCUGCACGCAACAGACCCCAAGCGCCGCACUCAUGUCAUGGCCAUCCUCAAUCUAACCCCAGAUUCCUUCUCCGACGGAGGCAAACACUCCCCCCAUGACAUGACCUACAUCACCGAAACAGUUCGCGCAUUCAUCACCCAAGGCGCAACGAUCAUUGACGUCGGCGGCGAGAGCACACGCCCCGGCUCAACUCCGGUCGGCGCAGAUGAAGAAAUCGCCCGCGUAGUCCCAGCAAUCCAACACAUCCGCACCAACAUCCCCGAAGCCGCACACAUCGCCAUCAGCAUCGACACGUACCGCGCGCGUGUCGCCGAAGCAGCCUGUGCCGCUGGUGCAGACAUCAUCAACGAUGUCUCGGCCGGAACCCUCGAUCCCGAUAUGCUGAGCACAGCUGCACGGAUUAACAAAUCCAUCAUCCUCAUGCACAUGCGCGGAACCCCGCAAACAAUGACCCAGCUAGCGGCUUACCCGGACGGCGUCAUUCCCGAGGUAGCCUCCGAGCUACGCGAACGCAUCGCCGCAGCCGAAGAAGCGGGUAUCCGACGCUGGCGCAUCAUCCUCGACCCCGGACUAGGCUUUGCGAAGAACCAGCCUGAAGAUCUAGAGAUCCUGCGUGAUCUGCCGCGACUACGUGCAGCUGAAGGGCUGGAAUAUCUUCCUUGGUUGAUGGGACCGAGUCGGAAGAGAUUUAUUGGACAUAUCACGGGGGUGAAGACUGCUCGGGAGCGUGUUUGGGGGACUGCUGCUACUGUGACUGCUAGUGUUGCUGGGGGUGCAGAUAUUGUAAGGGUCCAUGAUGUGCAUGAGAUGUGGCAGGCUGCCAAGGUGGCGGAUGCUAUUUAUCGUGUUUGA